AUGCCGAGCAAAGCACACCAACACACUAAGAUGCGACGGCUCCUCCCCUCAGCUAUCGAAGACGGAAAAGAAUUGAAUCCCAAGAUGAAGCGCAACGCCCGCGAAGUCGAGGGGGAUACCCCGAAAGUCAAAGCAAAGGGUGGCCCCAAAGAGACCAAGCCUAAGCCAAAUCCAGCCUCCAAGCGUGUCAGCGUCAACCGCGAGGAGAUUGCGAAGGUGAUGAUGGCUCAGUCCCAGGCAGCUCGACAGGCCACGCUCGGACUGCCUUUCCAAGCCCGCAACGAAGUCGGCAAGAAGCUCCCAGGGCCGAACAAACCUCAGAGGACCAACCACAAGCAGCCCGUGUACGAUGGAGCCACCAAGGGGCCUCCUCUCUCGAACGAGGCUAUCGCAGCCAUCCUCAGAUACACAAAGCCGGAGUGUAACAAGGCCCAGACCUGGGUUCAUGCUCAUGAGUUCACCAAAGCGGUUCAGGAGAGAAUGAAGGCCAAAAUGGAGGAGCGUGAGGACCUCCGCAAGAAGAUUCAUCGCAAGCUGCAUGCUCAGUUGAUGGUGAACAACCCUGGCGCGAAUCCCACCAAUCUCCAGGCAGUGCGAGGCGACCAGAUGGACGAUGAAACUAGCAAGCUGACUCCGGCGGAGAGGGUCCAGAGAGCGCACGACAGACUUCAGAAAGCAUUGGCAGAGAUUCUGGACGUGUAG